AUGCUUAAUUUCCAGCAGUCCCUCCAGCCAGCCAACUCGGGGAAAUUCUCCUUCGAAGAGAAGGCAUGGGGACCGAACUCCCAAAAUGACAAGUCUAUGCGGAAGUACACUUACGAAAACAACCAAUUACUGGAGGACAAUAAGCCCCUGAAGGCCACCAUUCACUGCUCCGAGAUGCCACGGGAGAUGGAGUGCUGGGCCGUGGAUUGUGCUGCUAUUGCACUAAUCAAUCGAGCAGACAUAAAAGAGGCCGCAGCCUACAUCAAAAAAGAAUUUGACAAACAAUUUGGACCAACCUGGCACUGUGUUGUAGGAUCCAACUUUGGAAGGUGA